UUUGAAACACUUCAAUUAUGUUGAGAAAACGAAAACAAGGUUUCGGCAAUUAUGCAACUGAUAUACUGCAGAAUUCAAUGGUUACUGGUCUUCCGCAAAUAAUUGUUGCUGCAAACCCUACUAAAAAAUUCAUUCGUGCUUUGGUACUCAUCGCUUGUUUGACGGGGUUCAUCUACCAAUCUUUGGACUUCAUGGAUCUUUAUUGGCAGUACAAAACGAUUGCUGACGUUAAUGUGGAAACAACUAAAGAAACGGAAGAGCCUUCAUUCACAAUAUGUAACAAAAACGGAUUAUACAGAAGUCGAAUUUGUAACGACUCAAGAUUCAUGCCUCACUGUUCAAUAUACAAUGAUUCAAAUUCGUGUGAAUGUAAAGAUGGAAGAUGGUGCAAUAAUGCAAUUCUGGAAGAUACUCUAAGAGCUGUUUUUGAUGUCUUGGUAAGAGAUCUGCAAACUCAUGUUGUAGUCAGGAAGCACUAG